CAGACCUGAGCGCAGACAAACUGGGUGGAAACCUGGAAGAGCAGCAGUGUCAGUCUCAUACCCAGCACCUAUCUUCACCUGUCUUCUCCUCAACAGGGCCUGUGCACUAUGGCAUAUCACAAACAGUUUGAGACUGCGGGGAAAAAGCCUGGCCUGCAGGUGUGGCGGGUGGAGAAAAUGGAUUUGGUGCCUGUCCCCACUGAAGUUCAUGGAGACUUCUACACCGGAGACUCUUACAUACUGCUCAACACCAUCUCCACCUCUCCCCCUUCUUACAACAUUCACACGUGGAUUGGCAACGAGGCUUCUCAGGAUGAGAGAGGGAGUGCUGCCAUCUUCAUGACGCAGCUUGAUGACUUCCUGAAUGGAGCCCCAAGACAGUUCUCUGAGUUUCAAGGCCAAGAGUCAGUCACCUUUCAGGGCUACUUCAAGACUGGCAUCAAAUACAAGCAAGGAGGAGUAGCCUCAGGCUUCAACCAUGUGGUGACCAAUGACGUUAAUGUGAAACGUCUGCUGCAUGUGAAAGGCCGACGCAUGAUCAGAGCUUCGGAGGUCGACCUGAACUGGAAGAGCUUCAACAGCGGAGACUGCUUCAUCAUUGACUUGGGAAAGAACAUCUACAGCUGGUUUGGCAGCACAAGCAACUUCUUGGAACGGCUGAAAACCACUGAGCUGGCCGUUGCCAUCCGAGACAACGAGCGAAAUGGCCGGGCUGAAAUAGAAAUGAUUGAUGAAGGCUCUGAGCCAGAAGCUGUCAUUAAAUUGCUUGGAUCCAAGCCUGACCUCUCACCAGGAAGCAGUGAUGAAUCCACCGAUAAGAAGAACAAGAAGCAGGCAUCUCUCUACUUGAUUUCUGAUGCUACAGGCUCCAUGACUACAACCCUGGUACAUGCUGAAAACCCUUUCAAACAAGACAUGCUCUCCCAGAGUGAAUGCUACAUCUUGGACAAUGGAGGAGACAAUAAGAUAUUUGUUUGGAAAGGGAGGGAUGCAAAUGCAGAUGAGCGCAAAGCAGCAUUUCUUGUUGCAAACAAGUUCAUUAAAGACAACAAUUACCCAUCAAAUACUCAGGUACAGGUCUUGCCAGCAGGGGGGGAGACCACAAUGUUUAAACAGUUCUUCUUUAACUGGUUGGACAAGGAUGAGACCACAGGGCCAAGUCAGGCCUACACCAUUGGUAGGAUUGCUAAAGUGAAGCAGAUUCCCUUUGACUCCUCCACACUCCACAGCAACAAGAUUAUGGCAGCCCAGCAUGGCAUGGUGGAUGAUGGUUCAGGGAAAGUCCAGAUUUGGCGUGUGGAAGGAGGUGAUAAAGUGCCUGUAGACCCAUCCACCUAUGGACAGUUCUUUGGAGGAGACUGUUACCUGGUGCUGUACUCCUACAACCUGGGAGGCAGAGAGAAGCAUAUCAUCUACACCUGGCAAGGGCAAAAGUGCAGUAAGGAUGAACUGACCGCGUCAGCAUUCCUCACUGUCAACUUGGAUGAUUCCAUGGGUGGAGUAGCUACUCAGGUUCGUGUCACUCAGGGGCAAGAACCUCCCCAUCUCGUCAGUGUGUUUAAAGACAAGCCUUUGGUCAUUCACCUUGGUGGGACAUGCCGCGAGCAUGGCGAGAGCAAGCCUGGCAGCACACGACUCUUCCACAUCCGCCAGAGCUCCACCAAAGCCACACGAGCUGUCGAGGUGGAGCCUGUUGCCUCCUCCCUGAAUACGAAUGAUGUGUUUGUGCUAAAGUCACCCGAGUCGCUGUUGGUGUGGAGAGGAAAGGGGGCGACUCCUGAGGAGAUGGCUGCAGCGAAGUAUGUUGCUGGCCUUCUUGGAGGAAAUGCCACCGAAGUUGAAGAGGGCAAAGAGCCAGCUGGUUUCUGGGCAGCACUGGGUGGAAAGCGGCCCUACCAGACCUCCAAGACCCUACAGAACACAAUCAGACCCCCACGGCUGUUUGCCUGUUCAAACAAAACUGGCAGGCUGAUAGCUGAGGAGGUCCCUGGUGAAUUCACACAGACUGAUCUGGCAACUGAUGAUGUCAUGAUUCUGGACACAUGGGCUCAGCUCUUUGUUUGGGUCGGAGGGGAUGCCAAUGAAACUGAGAAAACUGGAUCAGUCAAGAUUGCUCAAGACUAUGUGGAUUCAGACCCAUCUGGCCGCCGCGGUAUCCCCACCACCACAAUUAAACAGGGGGAGGAGCCACCCUCCUUCACCGGCUGGUUCCAUGCCUGGGACGCCAAGAUGUGGGACACAGAUAUCUUGCAUUCCAUGCAAGAACGUAUCAAAAAGCAUUAGUAGACACCGCAUAGAACAGUAGCAUCUGCAGAACACCUUCAAUUAUCCAUUGCUUAGCCUUUUCUGUUGUACUGCAAAGAACAACCAACCUGUAACAUGUAAUUUCUUUGCAACUUGUUUUCAUUCUUCCUUUUAUGUAUUAAAACACCAAGCUGACAAGUGUUUACGAUCCAGUGAGAAACCGAAAUGCAUUUUUUCUUUUUAUCUUCAUAAAGUCAAACAGGAGAUAUUGGCAUUUUAAAGGUCUGUGUGUGACAAAAAGAAUGUAUAUUUUUAUGUAGAAUUUCCCUUUUUACAGCCUAGUUUGCAAAGACAUUGUGAAAUUCAAAAUUUUAAUAAAAGACUGACCUU